CUCAGCUCUGCUUUGAUCUUCAGGGUCAGAGUGUAUGAGGUUGCAGUCAGGAGAGGCUGGAGGUCACAUUAUCGCAGGUUAUGACUGAACGAUGGUCUUUGCUCAUUAUACGGAUGACAUACACUGAAGUGAAAGAGGACAUUCAUUCACUCAUUUUACAGUUCAGUUUUUCACUCGCUCAGUGACAUCUAUGGAGAAACCAGACGUCACAUCCAGCACAUUUUGAGGAAGGCUACAGACUGCUGUUUUUUUGUUUUGUUUUUGUCUUGAAUGCUGAAGAGGGUGUCAGGUGUCGUUUAGGGUGGAUUGCUUGACAAUUGAUCAGUUCUACAUAGAAGGAGCUGCAGGUUGAUCUGCGAAGAGAGACUGACAGGUAGAGCUGCAGAGAGACUGACAGGUAGAGCUGCAGAGAGACUGACAGGUAGAGCUGCAGAGAGAUCGACAGGUAGAACUGCAGAGAGACUGACAGGUAGAUCUGCAGAGAGAUCGACAGGUAGAGCUGCAGAGAGAUCGACAGGUAGAGCUGCAGAGAGACUGACGGGUAGAUCUGCAGAGAGAUCGACAGGUAGAGCUGGAGAGAGACUGACAGUUAGAGCUGCAGAGAGACUGACAGGUAGAUCUGCAGAGAGAUCGACAGGUAGAGCUGGAGAGAGACUGACAGUUAGAACUGCAGAGAGACUGACAGGUAAAUCUGCAGAGAGAUCGACAGGUAGAGCUGGAGAGAGACUGACAGGUAGAUCUGCAGAGAGACUGACAGGUAGAUCUGCAGAGAGAUCGACAGGUAGAGCUGCAGAGAGACUGACAGGUAGAUCUGCAGAGAGAUCGACAGGUAGAGCUGCAGAGAGACUGACAGUUAGAACUGCAGAGAGACUGACAGGUAGAUCUGCAGAGAGAUCGACAGGUAGAGCUGCAGAGAGAUCGACAGGUAGAGCUGCAGAGAGACUGACAGGUAGAGCUGCAGAGAGACUGACAGGUAGAGCUGCAGAGAGACUGACAGGUAGAGCUUCGAAGAGAGCAACAAGAGAGCGUCAGGUAGAGCUGUAGAUAGAUCUGUAAAGAGAGUGACAGGUAGAGCUUUGAAGAGAGUGACAGGUAGAGUGACAAGUAGAGUUGUAGAUAGAGCUGUAAAGAGAGCGACAGGUGAGAGCAACAGGUAGAGUGACAGGUAGAGCUGCAGAGAGAGCUGAAGGUGUACCGUCCACUGAUCAGGUGCUUGUGAUGUUCAGCAUGUCUGACAGAGGUGACAGUGCAGAUAGAGGUGUAAUGGAACGCUGUCCUCAGGUGUUUGUGGUGGACAGUCAGGCACAGGGACCUCACACACCAUGUCAGGUGCCCGUCAAACUGGCCACCAAGCGACUGUCUCUGAUCUACCUGCUGCUGGCUGUGGCUCUGCUGAGCAUCUUCAUAGAGGCCUUAUUCAUCUGUCAUCUUUACAACAGACCUGUGGUGUUGACAGAUAUCCAAAAUCUGGGAUUUAGUAAAGGAGAGAAGAAUUCAUAUCCCAGCAGUUCUCAUGAUUUGAAUGAAAUGUUACCUGGAAAGAUCCCUAAAGAGGAGAAGCCUGCCGCAUUUCUGCAAGGCUCUUCCCCUCCAUUGGGAGACAAUGGCGUGCUUCACUGGGAAUCUGACAGCUUUCCUGGGUUUAUUAGAGGCCUGGAUUAUAAAAACAACAGUCUUUAUUUUCACCAGGAGGGAUACUAUUACAUCUUUUCCAAAAUCGUCCACCUGCAGAAAUGUAAUUACUUCAAACAUGAGAUCAUGCUCUGUUCGGAGAGAUACAACAACCAGUCCAUACCGCUCAUUAAAAACUCAAGGUAUCUCUGCAUCCCUGAGAAAUAUCAAACGAAAGAAAACAGUUUCUUGGGUGGGAUCUUCCACCUGAAUAAAGGAGACAGUGUGUAUGUUCAGGUGAAUAACAGCACACAGGUGCACAUCAGCAACACCGAUAACUACUUUGGUGCCUUCAUUAUCUAACUACUGACAAACAAAUACACACACCCACACACACACACACACACACUCACACACACACACACACACACACACACACACACACACACACACACACACACACACACACACUUUUCUUUCGCUCUCAUUUGUUUGUGUAUUACUAAAAUGUGUAUGGUGUUGUAGACCACACUGUUCAUACAGGUCUCUGGCUUUGGAGUAUUUUAUAACUGAUAAAUGAAAAUAUUUAUGAUGAAGGCAGAUUUGAACAGUUCUCAGGACAGGCCAACGCACAAUGUUCUGCUUGAUAUUCAUAAAUGUCAGAUCAGGGCAAGAUGUCACAUGUAUUUUACAGUAAAUGUUAUUAAUGCAAUCAGUUUAAUAAUUUCAGUAUUUGUUUUUUUUUUCUAAAUAAAACAAUGGUUUGAUGUUUUUGUUCAUUAAAUUUUUUUUAGAACUGUUUUGCUUUUUAAACUUUGCAUGAAUCUUGAUAUGAGCUAGGCUAGCUAUUAUCUUUGCUGACUGUGAUCUUAAUCUGACUCAAGUUUACUGUGAUAAUCAGUCAUAUAUUUAGUCAGUGACUGAUUCCUGACUUGGACUCAUUAUGACUUUAUAAAUAAUCUCAAUGUCAGUGUCCACAUCUUAACUACUGAAAUGUGCUUUUAAUGACACGUGAAUAUAAUAAAAUUGCUGAAAUGUAAUCACUUGAGCUAUCGUGCUUGCACAAUGUGGUUUGUCUUCCUCGUUUUCUCUAUUAACCUCGAAAAGCCGUGCUGCAGAUAGCAAGACAGUGAUGGAGAGAU